AGAUGCAAAAAAUGAAUGAUGAUCAUAUAUAUUUUUUAUCAUCCCCACAUUUUCACAACAUAUCUUCCCACCUUAAAGCGUCGAUUCAUUCACCUCACCCCCACUUCAAGCUACUCAUUUUCUUUAUUUCCUAGGAGUACUACUAAUCAAAUAUCGAUCAAUUGAAAUUUAAGAGCUCAUCCCUUUACUCAAUUUAAAGCAAAGCCUCCUCUCUCCCUCGCCCAUCCAUUCUACCUCCUUGUUGGAAACACUCAACGAAAUGAAACCACUGCUCUCCACAUUCCCUCUCCUUCUCCUCGUCUCGAUAUGCUGCACCAUGACCCCUGGCCAGCCCCAGCGGGCCCCACAAACGUGACAGCCAUCCUCGAGAAGGCCUGACAGUUCGGCACAUUCAUCCGCCUCCUACACAAACACCAAAGUAGCAGACCAGAUAAACAUGCAGCUCAACAGCUCCAAGCAAGGGGUGACCCUCUUCGCCCCCACUGACAGCUCCUUCUCCGACCUCAAAGCCGGGACCCUCAAUUCCUUCACUGACGAGCAGAAGGUGGAGCUCAUGCAGUUCCACAUCCUCCCUUCCGUGUUUUCCAUCUCGCAGUUCCAGACGUCCAGCAACCCCAUACGCACCCAGGCCGGGGGCUCCUACCCGCUCAACGUCACCGUGUCGGCCAACCAGGUCAACAUAACCACCGGCGUCACCAAUGCCACGGUGGCCAGUACUGUUUACACUGAUUCCCAGCUCGCUGUCUACCAGGUUGACCACGUGCUGCUUCCUCUCAGCUUUUUCGUGACUCCAUCGCCGGCUCCUUCACCUUCCACUCACAGAAAGGCACCGGACUCGCCCUCAGGAUCUGAUGCCACUCCUGAUUCCUCCAAUGCAAAUGUUAUUACUACAAAGAUGGUCGCCUGUGGGAUCCUAUUCUUGGCUGCAUUCGCAUGAAGAUUAGUUCAUAACU